CACAAGUUUCCACCAGCACGAUGCCGGCGAACGAGCAGCCAACGUCGGCGAAGUCUCUACCUACGGACAACUGGCCGACCUCAACGACGCGUCUCCAGCAUGAAACUGAGUCGCUGUGUACGUCGUUUUUUGUUCGGUUGGAGACGCUGCCCCAGCACGAGCUCGAGCAGCUCCAAGCCGCGGGAUUUCUGAACGAUCGGUUCGAAGUUCGCCUGCUCCGAGAGAAGCACGUGCCGUACUUGGUGCGCGGUCUCGAGUACCUCCCUCCAGGCUUUGCGUCGAUGGAUGCAUCUCGCCCUUGGUUCAUGUACUGGAUCUUGCAUUCCCUGGAGUUGCUCGACGACGAAGCCGACGUUGCUGCAUUUGCAUCUCGUUGUAUCAACACGAUCCAGCGUUGUUGGUGCUCCCAGCUCGAGAACAAAGGAGGAUUUGGCGGCGGAAUUCUUCAGCUAGGCCAUUUGGCCACGACAUAUGCGUCUUGCUUGGCCCUAGCGAUCAUUGGGACUGCCGAAGCAUACGCCAUCGUCGACCGGCCAGCUUUGCUUGCAUUCUUCCUCUCUCUGAAGGAUCCAGAAACUGGAGCAUUCCGCGCGCAUGACCACGGGGAGCUUGACGUUCGGACUACCUACUGCGCCAUUUCGAUCGCGGCGCUGUAUGGCAUCCUCACGCCGGAGCUCACAUUCGGGGUCGUGGACUUCGUCAAGGCAUGUCAGACGUACGAAGGAGGCUUUGGGCCGUUUCCAUUUCAAGAGGCGCAUGGCGGGUACAACUUUUGCGCCGCGGCCAUCCUGAGCAUCUUGGACGGAUGGGACGCGAUCGACGAAGAUGCUUUGGUGGUUCGUCUAGACACAAUCCGUUCUUAUGGCGCCGUGUGCAAGCUCGAACUUAUACUGUGAACAGCACUACAUUGCGCAUCGGCAAAUGGCCGUCGAAGGAGGAUACCAAGGCCGCACGAACAAACUUGUGGACGGGUGCUACAGUUUCUGGCAAGGCUCAGUGCCUGCGCUGCUUUCGCUCAAGCGAGGCCAUUACGUGAGCAACACAGAAGCCCAUCAAAAGUACAUCCUCCUCUGCGGCCAGCAAAUCGAAGGGGGACUCCGGGACAAACCCGGUAAAUCCCGCGACCACUACCACUCGUGCUACGUUUUGAGUGGGCUGGCCGUGGCACAAACGUAUGGGGACAAAGUGGUCGGGGCUGGGACAAACAAGUUAAUCCCAACCCACCCAGCCUUCAACAUUGGAUGGGACAAAGUCCUCCGCAUCCAAACGCACUUUGGGAUAUUGGGAAAUACACACAUAGAUCCGAUGGAGUAAACUCAAGAAUGGGAAAAACGAGGUGUCUAC